UGUCUUGUAUCAUUAUUCUCGUUUUGAUUACUGUGAUUCGAUUUUCGUUACGCAGAAGAAAAAUAAAAAAUGGCUCGCACCAAGCAGACUGCUCGUAAGUCAACUGGAGGAAAAGCUCCCCGGAAACAACUCGCGACAAAAGCAGCAAGAAAAAGUGCACCAGCAACUGGAGGAGUAAAAAAGCCACAUAGAUACAGGCCCGGAACUGUCGCUCUCAGGGAAAUUCGUCGGUAUCAAAAAAGUACCGAACUUUUGAUUAGGAAAUUACCUUUCCAACGUCUCGUUCGUGAAAUUGCUCAAGACUUUAAGACUGAUUUACGUUUCCAAAGUUCAGCUGUCAUGGCCCUUCAGGAAGCUAGUGAAGCCUAUUUGGUUGGUCUUUUCGAAGAUACCAACUUGUGUGCCAUUCAUAAAAUGACCGGCCGUGGAAAAGGAGGAAAAGGAUUGGGAAAAGGAGGAGCGAAAAGGCAUCGUAAAGUUCUUCGCGAUAACAUCCAGGGUAUCACAAAACCGGCAAUUCGCCGUCUUGCUCGUCGUGGUGGUGUGAAACGUAUUUCAGGAUUGAUUUACGAAGAAACUCGCGGAGUGUUGAAAGUGUUCCUGGAAAAUGUUAUUCGUGAUGCCGUUACAUACACCGAACAUGCUAAAAGGAAGACAGUCACAUCAAUGGAUGUUGUCUACGCUCUAAAACGUCAAGGACGUACUCUCUACGGUUUCGGCGGCUAAAUUUCCUCCUGACAAAAAAAAAAAAAAAAUAACAAUCGGCCCUUUUCAGG